CAGACCAAGACAUCCUGAGGACUCUCUCGAUGGAUGUUCCCAGUUUUGACCGGUGGGUGACGGUAUUUUACCGGUUGAACUUUGAGAACCCCCCAACUGUUCUCACCCCAAGAUGAAGAAGGAUGCUGUCAUGCUGAGUGCUUCUGACACACACUAGUCUGAGCAUCCCGGCAACGAUUACUCCCUCUUUAUUCUCAAGUUCAUCAUUUAUGACAACAUUAUACCAAACGUUGUCCGCUCCGUUAGCGACAUAAGAACAGAAAUACAGGUGGCACUGCAGCUGUUGUGCUACUCUCUGUGGUGGCGACACUUGGCUAACUAACGUUGGCUAAUUGCCCCUGCUGCUGCUGCUAUUGUUUGCAGUCUCUCAUCAAACAAACCACAGAUGUUGUAGAUCAAGCUCUUUAAGAGCCAUGUGAUAAACAGAGGAGCUGUGAAAUCCUGGAGGUGGAGUUCUCCUCUGCUUGAUAAUGGGAUCUCAUCUGCCAGGGAGGGGAGCCGUCCCAUCAGCCAACGCAGCUUUGCUUCAGAGAGGAUUCACUACACUCACCCGUCACUGCUGACUAAGGUCAACUUGAGUGCCACAAACCUACUGAGAAAGCUUUUCUGAAACACUGGGGUAGUUGGUGUGGCCAAAUUUUCCCUGGAUUUGAUUGGUAAAUUCAGAAGACUGAAGCCCAGGCUCACAGUCUACCUUUCACGGAGGCCCAGCCGUGAGAGGACAGAGGAAGGCACGUGGCGGAUCAUGACGGCCGACAAAGAGAAGGAGAGGGAGAAAGAGCGGGACAGAGACAGGGACCGGGACAAAAGAGAGGCCGGCAAGUCCCGCCGGCAGGAUGGGGACCGGGGUGACCGUGAGAGUGAGAGCUCCAGGCCCCGACGCAGCUGUACAUUGGAGGGCGGGGCCAAGAACUACGCCGAGAGCGAGCAUAGCGAGGAUGACGACAACGACAAUGGCAGCACAGGUGGAGGCAGCGGGACAGCCGAAGAGGCUGGCAAGAAAGGCAAGAAGAAGACUCCCAAGAAGAAGUCACGUUACGAGCGCACAGAAAAUGGAGAAAUCACGUCCUUCAUUACAGAGGAUGAUAUUGUUUACAGACCUGGAGAUUGUGUGUACAUUGAGAGUCGACGGCCCAACACUCCCUACUUCAUUUGUAGCAUUCAGGAUUUCAAGCUGAGUAAACGGGACCAUCUGCUGAUGAAUGUGAAAUGGUACUACCGCCAGUCAGAGGUGCCCGACUCCGUCUACCAGCACCUGGUGCAGGAUCGCAACAAUGAGAACGAUUCUGGCCGGGAGCUGGUUAUCACAGACCCAGUGGUCAGGAGCAGAGAACUGUUCAUCUCUGACUACGUGGACACUUAUCAUGCUGCUGCUCUCAGGGGGAAAUGCAACAUUUCCCAUUUCUCCGACAUUUUUGCUGCCAGGGAGUUCAGAGCCCGCAUCGACUCCUUUUUCUAUAUCCUUGGAUAUAAUCCGGAGACCAGACGUCUAAACAGCACACAAGGGGAAAUCCGAGUGGGACCCAGCCACCAAGCCAAGCUCCCAGAGCUGCAGCCUUUCCCCUCUCCUGGUGGCCAGGCUGUGACCGAGAAUGAGGAGCUGGUCUGGAUGCCAGGGGUCAAUGACUGUGACCUUCUCAUGUACCUCAGAGCCGCAAGGAGCAUGGCCGCCUUUGCAGGGAUGUGUGACGGAGGCUCAACAGAAGACGGGUGUCUAGCAGCCUCUCGAGACGACACUACAUUAAACGCACUUAACACUCUUCACGAAAGCAGCUAUGAUGCAGGCAAAGCUCUCCAGCGCCUGGUUAAGAAGCCGGUACCCAAGCUGAUAGAGAAAUGCUGGUCUGAAGAUGAAGUGAAGCGUUUCAUUAAAGGGUUGAGACAGUUCGGCAAAAACUUCUUCAGGAUCCGGAAAGAGCUGCUGCCCAACAAAGAAACAGGAGAGCUAAUUACCUUCUACUACUAUUGGAAAAAGACCCCCGAGGCAGCCAGUUGUCGAGCUCACCGCAGACACCGCCGCCAGCCCGUCUUCCGCCGCAUCAAGACGCGAACCGCUUCAACUCCUGUCAACACUCCCUCGCGGCCGCCCUCCAGCGAGUUCUUGGACCUCAGCUCAGCCAGUGAAGAUGACUUUGACAGUGAAGACAGCGAACAGGAGCUGAAGGGAUACGCCUGCCGCCACUGUUUUACUACCACCUCGAAGGACUGGCACCACGGGGGCCGGGAGAACAUCUUGCUGUGCACAGACUGCCGCAUUCACUUCAAGAAGUACGGUGAGCUGCCCCCCAUUGAGAAGCCUGUGGACCCGCCGCCAUUUAUGUUCAAACCUGUCAAAGAGGAAGAGGAUGGACUCAGCGGGAAGCAUAGCAUGAGGACUCGACGGAACCGAGGCUCGAUGUCAACUCUACGUAGUGGUCGUAAGAAGCAGACAGCCAGUCCCGAUGGCCGAGCCUCGCCAACCAACGAGGAUUUGCGCUCCAGCGGACGUACCUCACCUAGUGCGGCAAGUACUGACAGUACUGAUAGCAAGACAGAGUCCAUGAAGAAGCCAAGCAAGAAAAUUAAAGAGGAGGCUCCUUCACCUAUGAAGAGUACCAAACGGCAACGAGAAAAGGGAGUCUCAGAUACAGAGGAGUCCGAGAGGGCCAGUGCCAAAAAGUCUAAAACACAAGAGCUGAGUCGGCCCGACUCGCCCUCAGAAUGCGAAGGGGAAGGGGAGGGAGAGGGCGAGAGCUCUGAUGGGCGAAGCAUCAAUGAGGAACUUAGUAGCGAUCCUAAAGACAUUGACCAAGAUAACCGGAGUUCCUCCCCAAGCAUCCCCAGCCCCCAGGACAAUGAAAGCGACUCAGACUCCUCUGCCCAGCAACAGCAGCUGCUGCAGAGCCAGCACCCUCCGGUUAUCCAGUGUCAGCCAGGCACUUCAGCUGCCUCUGCAGCACCUCCUCCUUCUACGACCUCAGCCCCCUCACUGCCCCCACAGGUCUCCUCCACAGUGGCCUCUUCCUCUCUACCUUCCCAGCCUCUGCCCCAGACAGGCGCAAUGUCUAUCAUCCAGUCAGGAGUAUCCCUACACCCUCAAAGGCUUCCCUCUCCACAUUCACCUAUGACUCAGGCUCCGCCUCCUGGCCCCCCGGUUCCAUCCUCACAUCAUGGUCCCAUGCCUCCCAUGCCACAUCCACUGCAGCCUGGUCCCUCACACAUGCCUCACCCUCACUCUAUGCCCCCUCAGGGCUUCCCUGUAGGCCAGACUCAGGUCCCACUCCCACCAAUCUCUGGCCAAUCACAGCAGAGGCCACACACGCCUCCUCCUCAGUCCCAGUCAUCUGCACCGAGUGGAGGCCAGCCUCCCAGAGAGCAGCCCCUGCCACCUGCCCCAAUGCCCAUGCCUCACAUCAAGCCCCCACCAACCACACCCAUCCCUCAGAUACCCAACCCACUGUCCCACAAACACCCACCCCACUUGUCUGCCCCUCCAUUCCCUCAGAUGCCUUCAAACCUGCCUCCACCACCUGCCCUCAAGCCCCUCAGCUCUUUAUCUACCCAUCAUCCUCCAUCAGCACACCCGCCUCCCCUUCAGCUCAUGCCCCAGGGGCAGCAGCUUCAGCCUCCCCCAGCUCAGCCUCCAGUUCUCACCCAGUCCCAGAGCCUCCCAUCAUCAGCCAGCCAUCAACCCCCUCCAGCUCCUCCACUGCCGCCCUCCGCAGCGGCCUCUCACCCUGACGGCCCACCGCAUCCAGCGUUCUCGUCUCAUGCUUUCAGUACAGUUCUACCUCCAACUGGCCCUCCCCCAUCCUCGUCAAACGCUAUGCCUGGCUUACAGCCUCCAUCUUCCUCCACUCCAUCCUCCUCCAUCUCCAUGCCACUCCCUGCCUCAGUCACUUGUGCCGGCCCAGGCCCGGCACUCCCACCUGUGCAAGAGCCCACUGUCGUCAAUACUCCAAGCCACGCCAGCCAGUCAGCACGGUUCUACAAGCAUCUGGACCGGGGUUACAACUCGUGUGCUAGGACAGAUUUCUACUUCACUCCUCUGGCUUCAUCUAAACUGGCCAAGAAGCGAGAGGAAGCUUUGGAGAAAGCCAAGAGGGAAGCAGAACAGAAAGCAAGAGAAGAGAAGGAGAGAGAGAGGGAGAGGGAAAAAGAGCGAGAAAGGGAGCGGGAACGAGAAAAGGAAGCAGAGCGAGCUGCGAAAGCCUCUAGUUCCUCUCAUGAAAGCAGAAUGGGUGAACCUCAGAUGGCCGGCCCUGCCCACAUGCGUCCUCCCUUUGACGGCCCCCCCACUACGAUUGCAGCUGUGCCUCCCUACAUUGGCCCUGAUACCCCUGCCCUGCGCACCCUCAGCGAGUACGCUCGCCCCCACGUCAUGUCCCCCACCAAUCGAAACCACCCUUUUUUUGUGUCCCUCAACCCUGCGGACCCGCUGCUGGCCUAUCACAUGCCCAGCUUGUAUAACGCUGACCCAGCCAUGCGGGAGCGCGAGCUGCGAGAGCGGGAGAUGCGUGAGAGGGAAAUUCGCGAGAGGGAACUGAGGGAAAGGAUGAAACCUGGAUUUGAGGUUAAACCUCCAGAGAUGGACACACUCCACCCUUCUACAAACCCAAUGGAGCACUUUGCCCGGCAUGGUCCCAUCACGUUGCCCCCCAUGGCUGGCCCUCACCAUUUCGCAUCUUUCCAUCCGGGCCUGAACCCAUUGGAGCGUGAACGGCUGGCCCUCGCUGGGCCCCAGCUGCGGCCUGAAAUGAGCUACCCAGAGAGGUUGGCUGCAGAGAGACUCCAUGCUGAGCGGAUGGCCACAGUGGCCAACGACCCCAUUGCUCGUCUACAGAUGUUCAAUGUUACGCCGCACCACCACCAGCAUUCGCAUAUUCACUCGCAUCUCCACCUUCACCAGCAAGAUCCCCUUCACCAAGGUGGUGGUGAAUGUCUUGUGUGUCCUCCAGGUUCCGGGGCCCACCCACUGGCAGUAGAUCCCCUGGCAGCUGGACCUCACUUGGCCCGCUUCCCUUACCCACCCGGCGCCAUCCCCAACCCUCUCCUCGGCCAGCCGCCACAUGAACACGAGAUGCUGCGCCACCCAGUCUUCGGUACCCCAUACCCACGGGACCUACCAGGAGGUCUGCCACCACCCAUGUCUGCAGCCCACCAGCUACAGGCCAUGCAUGCCCAGUCAGCUGAGCUCCAGAGGCUGGCCAUGGAGCAGCAGUGGCUCCAUGGACACCAUCACAUGCACGGAGGACCACUGCCUGGCCAGGAGGACUACUACAGCCGGCUGAAGAAGGAGAGUGACAAGCAGCUGUAACCAGCCAAGGAAGCGACUGACAGGUGCAGGACACAGGAGGUUGUUACAGAGGACAGGCUCUCCCGGGUCCUCUGAACACAUUCGGUUUUGAAGAACGAAAAAGGCCAAGUGGAUUGUCUAAAAAUUCUUCUGAUAUAUUUGUGUUUCUUUUUUUCCUGUCAAGAACAGUUUUUUAAUUAUUUUUCAAGACAUUGACUUUCUUUGAUAUUUAGCCAGUAGUGACAACAUCCACAAGACCUCCUGCAUGACAAGUUCCCCUGGCUUUUUUUUUUUUUUUUUUU